UCUGCAACCAACCUUUACUAGCGCUGCUGAUCUCUCAUUGGUUCGCUACGGGCAAGCCUCCUGUGUUUGUGGGCGUGGCCCGUCUCUGGUUGGCUCGUCCGGGUUAGGUUGUCUUGCCAGGUUUUUGCCGGUUGCAUCAGCUGCUCCAGUGAACCGGGUAGUAGUGACAGGGAUGUCGGAGAACGUGGCGGCCAAAAUGGAGAAUCUGAACCUCAAUCAGGCAAAUUCGGAAGGCGGUAAACAAAAAGAGGGCGGUAAGAAGAAGAGCAAGGAGGGAGCUGGUGGCGGACGGCCUGAACUCAAUCCCUGGCCCGAAUACAUCAACCAGAGACUGGACAUCUACAAUAAGCUAAAAGCCGAGCACGACUCCAUCCUAGCCGAGAAAGCCGCAAAAGAAAGCAAACCGAUUAAGGUGACCCUGCCGGAUGGGAAACAGGUGGAUGCGGAGUCUUGGAAGACCACUCCAUACCAAGUAGCUGCAGGAAUCAGUCAAGGGUUAGCGGACAAUACAGUGAUUGCAAAGGUGAAUAAUGCGGUGUGGGACCUUGAUCGCCCCCUGGAGGAGGACUGUACACUGGCCCUGCUGAAAUUUGAUGAUGAAGAAGCUCAAGCAGUAUACUGGCACUCCAGCGCCCACAUCAUGGGGGAAGCCAUGGAGCGAGUGUAUGGCGGAUGCUUGUGCUACGGUCCACCUAUAGAAAAUGGCUUUUAUUACGAUAUGUUUCUUGAAGAGGGCGGGGUGUCCAGCAAUGACUUCACCGGCUUGGAAAACCUGUGUAAAAAGAUUAUGAAGGAGAAGCAACCAUUUGAAAGACUUGAAGUGUCCAAAGAGACCCUGCUUGAAAUGUUUAAGUAUAACAAGUUUAAGUGCCGAAUCCUAAAUGAAAAAGUGGAGACUCCGACCACUACAGUGUACAGAUGUGGCCCCUUAAUCGAUCUUUGUAGAGGGCCCCAUGUCAGGCACACCGGCAAGAUUAAAGCCUUCAAGAUACACAAGAACUCCUCCACUUACUGGGAAGGGAAAGCUGAUAUGGAAACCCUACAAAGAAUAUACGGAAUUUCUUUUCCUGAUGCAAAAAUGCUGAAAGAAUGGGAGAAAUUCCAAGAAGAAGCCAAAAACCGAGACCACAGGAAGAUUGGAAGGGAUCAAGAACUGUUCUUCUUCCAUGAGCUGAGUCCCGGAAGCUGCUUUUUCCUGCCCAAGGGAGCUUACAUCUAUAACCAGCUAAUCAGCUUCAUCAGGCAAGAGUACAGAAAGCGUGGCUUCCAGGAGGUGGUCACCCCCAACGUUUACAACAGCAAACUAUGGCAGACGUCCGGUCACUGGCAGCACUACAGCGAGAACAUGUUCUCUUUUGAAGUGGAGAAGGAGAUUUAUGCUCUGAAGCCUAUGAACUGUCCCGGACACUGUUUGAUGUUUGACCACCGGCCGCGCUCUUGGAGGGAGCUGCCUCUGAGGAUGGCUGAUUUUGGAGUCCUUCACCGCAAUGAGCUGUCCGGUGCCCUAACGGGACUGACCCGAGUCAGACGCUUCCAACAGGACGAUGCCCAUAUAUUCUGUGCCAUGGAGCAGAUUGAAGAAGAGAUCAAGAGCUGCCUGGACUUCCUGCGCGCCGUCUACAACGUCUUUGGUUUUACCUUCAAACUGAAUCUCUCCACACGGCCGGAAAAGUUUUUGGGUGACAUUGAAGUCUGGAAUCAGGCAGAGAAGCAACUUGAAAACAGUCUCAAUGAAUUUGGAGAGAAGUGGGUGCUCAAUCCAGGCGACGGCGCCUUCUACGGACCAAAGAUUGACAUCCAGAUUAAAGAUGCCAUUGGCCGCUACCACCAGUGCGCCACCAUACAGUUGGACUUCCAGCUCCCCAUUAGAUUUAACCUCACCUAUGUCAGCCCGGAUGGGGAAGACAAGAAGCGGCCGGUCAUCAUCCACCGCGCUAUACUGGGGUCUGUGGAGCGGAUGAUCGCUAUUUUGACAGAGAAUUAUGGAGGCAGAUGGCCUCUCUGGAUUUCUCCUCAGCAGGUGAUGGUGGUGCCCGUGGGACCCACAUGUGAUGACUAUGCCCAGAAGGUGAAGGAACAAUUCCACCAUGCCGGGUUUAUGGCGGACGUAGAUCUCGAUCACGGUUCCACCCUCAAUAAGAAGAUCCGGAACGCCCAGCUCGCCCAGUACAAUUUCAUUCUCGUGAUCGGAGAAAAGGAAAAAACCAGCGGGACAGUAAACAUCCGCACUAGAGAUAACAAAGUGCACGGCGAACGUUCUGUGGAGGAAACAAUUGCCAGACUCCACCAGCUGAAAGAGUCCCGAUCUAAGAACGCAGAAGAGGAGUUCUAAGGUCUGCCGCGUACAAAGUGUCGCGCACAGGUUACUAUGGAUUCUUUGCACUGCUGUGAAGUGAAGUAAUUUAUCCUUGAGCCAAAAAACAAAAGGAAGAAAAAAAAAGAAACCUGUGAAGUCUCCGUCUGGCGUUCAUUGGGAAAUGUUCUUUGAGGGUCUGAUUCUAGGGUGGUGUUUUCCAACCAGGGUGCCUCCAGCUGUUGCGAAACUA